CGUGGCAUCAGCAACCCAAAAAGCCCUACCCGUUUAACGACUGCGGCGCUCGACCCUCGUCUCGUGCUCGCUCGAUUCCUAGGGCUCCGAUCGAAGCGGAGCUCCGCCCACGCCCGUUCUUCCCCGUCCUCUCUCGAUCCGCAGGAAGGGUUCUUUACUGUUUUAGUAGUUCUACAGGAAUGGCAUUGCCAACCGCAUCUCCUGUUUCUUCUCUGACUCCACAAGUGAUUGGUAGUGCAUUUGUGCAACAAUAUUACCACAUUCUUCAUCAAUCACCAGAAAUGGUUCACAAGUUCUAUCAGGAUUCAAGCACUGUAAACCGCCCAAAUUCUGAUGGAGAGAUGACUUCAGUGAUGUCGGUGCAAGCCAUCAAUGACAUGAUAAUGUCCUUGGACUUCAGAAACUGUUUCACUGAGAUAGAGACAGCAGAUUCACAAAUUUCAUACCAGAAUGGGGUGCUUAUUGUAGUGACUGGAUCAUUCAUUGGACAGGAUGCUAUUCGGAGGAAAUUUGCACAGUCAUUCUUCCUUGCCCCUCAGGAAAAAGGAUGUUACUUUGUCUUGAAUGAUGUGUUCAGAUUUUUGAGUGAAACACGGCAAAGGGAAAUGAAUUAUAUGUUGGGUGAUGGCACAAAAGAUGAUUCACCUCAAGUUCUUAUAUCUCCUGAAGCAGAACCAACUUGUCAAGAGCAUGAUGCUCCAGAAACUCCAUUAUUAGAGGAGAAUGCUGACAAUAUGGAAGAAUUACCUAACCAAUCAGAGGAUGGUGGUUCAGGUUUUGAAGAUGAGGUCGUUGUGGAUCAACCAGCUGAUACAGGUGAAAGUGAUUCACAGACAGUUCAUGAAGUGAUUGCCUCUGGAGGUCAAGAUGAUUUGCCUAAGAAGUCGUAUGCAUCCAUUGUUAAAGUGAUGAAAGGGAGUUCAUCACCAGUAGCAGUUUAUACAACUCCCAAGGAAAAGGUGGAGGUAGCCCCUCAGGAACCAGUGAUUGUGUCUCCAGCUCCGGCUUCUACCCCAGAAGUUUCUCAUCCUGCUAGCAACAAUUUCCCUGAGAAUAACAACAAUGUUGAAGAGGAGGGACAUUCAAUAUAUAUUCGGAACUUAUCCUUGAAUGCAACAGCUGAACAAGUUGAGGAGGAAUUUAAGAAAUUUGGACCUAUUAAGCCUGGUGGUGUUCAAGUUAGAAGCCACAAGGUUGAGCGCUACUGUUUUGGCUUUGUUGAGUUUGAGUCACUGAAAUCCAUGCAAGCUGCAAUUGAGGCAUCACCAGUCAUGAUUGGAGGUCGUCAGGCUAUUGUUGAGGAGAAGAGAACAACAACGCGAGUCGUUAAUGGGGUGGUCACCAAUAAUGGCACUGGAAAUAGUGGGAGAGGGCGCUUCCAGUUGGGAAGAGGUGCUUUCAGAAACGACAACUUCCGGGGACGCGGCAGCUUCAGCUCCAAUAUGGGCUACAGGAAGAAUGAGUUCAGGAACCGAGCUGAGUACUCUGGCCAUGGUUGGGGCCCAGGAUUCCGUGGCAGCGAUGGUUAUCAGCAGCGCACCUUUCAGAAUGGGGAUGGCAUGAUCGAGCAGCGCACCUUUCAGAAUGGGGAUGGGGAUGGCAUGAUCGUAGGCCGCUCGAGAGGAGGAGGACCCAAGAUAACUGCUGUUUCAGCAUAGUAGAUCGUUUGAUGAUUCUGCCUUUUCACAUUGAUGUCAAAUCGAUCUGUUUCUUGAUUUGGUAUCUGACCUAUAAUUGGGAAACCUUAUGGGAAAUCAAUUUUUGACUGGGUUGCCACUGUGGACAAUGGUUCCACUUUCCUUUUGGGGGGAUUGAUGCAUCUUGUAUCAUCUUUCGAUCAAAUUCUAGAUAUGAAUUUCAUUGAAGGAGUACAUCUUAGUUAUAA